AUGGAAAGGCUGCGUCCGACCGUGGACUUCGAGGCCAAUGUCGCCAGGGCGGCCACGAGGAUCGCGGUCGGCUGCACGGCGCUGGUCGGCAGCAACAUGGGUGCCAUUUCUGGACGUGCCGGCCUGUCCGCGAUGUGGGGCCCGGCCCAGCGGCCUCCUCCGCUGCAUCCUCUGCUGCAGCGUCGCCUCUCCCGUGACUGCUCGUCCCCGGGCACGGUGCAGCCCCUGAGGCACGGGCACGAGGGCAGCCCUCGCUCCAGCGCGCGGGAGCGGCCGCUGCGCGGGCGGCCGCGCUGCCCUGCGCUGCCGAGCGCCACGAGGUGCCGCUGCACGCGCCGUCGGACGACGGGAAGCAGCGCAGGAGAGGCCCCAAGUACCACGUGCGCCCUGGCGGCUCCCGGCCCGCUGGCGCGCCCAGCGGCGGCGGCGCCGAGCACGGCGCGCAGGCCGCGCGGAAGGCCGCCGUGGCGGCGAAGCCCGAGCAGUACGUGGUGCUGGAGUUCCGCACGGAACCGCGAACCGUGCCGGCGACGCGCGCGGCGGCGAACGGCAAGGUGGGCCGCACUCAGGCGCUGCGGUUCCGGCCGAGUUCGAGAGGCCAGGGCUCCGCCCCUGGCGCGGAGCAGGCCUGGGCCCUGGAGCGCAAG